AUGGUAGAGGCGCAACUGGAAAUGAACGACGAGAAAAUUAUACAGGCUUCACCUGUUCGUACUGUUAGAUAUGAUAGCUCUGAUGAUACCUUAAGCUCUACAAGACAAAGAAGAAGAGCAAGUCUUCCGGCUAAGAGACCAGUUGAAGCUUCUAAAAAUAGCAAGGUCUCGGAUUCAGCUGCAGUUGAAGAGAAUUCACAUUCAAUAACAUUUCCCUCGCUUGAGGAGUUAAAAGGAGCAGAAACUAAAAUUUCAUGGGACUCUCUUCCUUCAAGACUUUUGAAGAUUAGCAAGGAGGUGGUACGGCAAAGAGAUGCUGCUCUGCGAGGUGCAGUUGAGGCUGUGCAGGAGGCUUGUGCUGCAGAGAGAUUGAUACGAUGCCUAAGUACUUUCUCAGAGUUCCAGUCAAAUGAAGUGGAUGAUCUGAAGCCAGCCGUUAACAAAUUUCUAAAGCUUCAAGAUGAUCUAACACACGCGAGACUAAUAAUGCAGUCCCUAACAGAUAUAGGUUUGCUGAGAACAUCAGAUACUGGCAACAGCACUUGCACAGUCAAGGAAGUGCUUGAUUUAGCAAUUGAAAGAAAGAGAAACGCUGAUUUAUGGGUAAAGUCAGCCGUGGCAUCUGAUCUUCUCCCGCCAUCCAACUCUACUAAAUCUCUGGCUGUUGCUUGCGACAAGGAUGCUACAGAAACAAAGAAAUCAUGUACAACAUGUUGUGCAACCAAGCCAAAAGCCCCAUACAUUUACCCAAAGCAACCGAAUGAUGAAAUGUCACUUAUGUUAGCAGGAAACAAGGAGGAUCAGAUGGAGUGGGCGAGGGGAAGUAGUCACUGUGCCUCCAAUGAUCUGGCUGCUUCUCUGCAGGAUGAAUGUCAAAGAUGGUUUUUUGGUUGCGGGGAGAAAUAUUUGGACGAGGUGGAGGCUAAGGCCUCUUCAACUCGGUCUGAUAGGAAACUUGUCGCGAUGAUGUUUAAGAUGAAAAAAUUAAAUGACUGGUUAGAAGGAAUUGUGAGUAAAGGGUCACAGUCACUUGAGGGCCAAGGCAAAGAGAGUUCCACAAUGAGUGAUGAGGAAGGAGAAAUUUGCGAAAGGUUGAAAACUAGAAUACGCGAGAUUAUGUUAAAGAAUGCUGAAAGGACUGCAAUGGCUAUUUGA